AUGGUGUUGUCGUCGGUAUUGGCGGACAAUUCGAUGCAUUUCGAUGAGAACCCGUCGGGCAAUGGGAUCCUCGAGAUGCUGAGGGGUCAGCGAAGUGACGGCCGCUUCUGCGAUAUCGUGCUUCACGUGACAUCAGGACCGCAAUCGGUGGAGAAGCGGUUCCCGGCCCACAGAAGCGUAUUGGCCGCCUGUAGUCAGUACUUCGAGUCCGUCCUCAAGACACACCGCGUGACCAAAGAGCAGAUCAACAUCAGCUGCCAUGACGUGGACGUGUUGGAGACGCUUCUGGAUUAUAUGUAUUCGGGAAACAUUACCAUCGAUUGGCAUAAUGUGAACGAAUUGCUGAAACUGAGUAAUUACUUCCUGAUGACUAAAGUGAACACAUAUUGCAAUCAAUUCCUCGAACACUACCUUUCGGUCGACAACUGUAUUGCUGUCCGAGAUUUGGCCCAAAAGUACAGUUUAGAGACUUUGAUCCAAACGUGCAAUGAAUUCAUAUCCGAGAACUUGGUUGAAGUGAUUGAACAGCCGUUUAUGAGUGAAAUGACGGCUAAGAAGUUGGACACUAUUAUUAAGGACGAGACCAUUGGAUUCAAGAACCUUCCGGCGUCACAGCUCUUGACUUACUUGAUCUGUUGGGUGAGGAAAGACGUGGACAGACGCAGCACAGAGUGGAGUGACUUCUUGGCGCUCAUUGAAUGGCCUAAAAUGAAACUGGAGUUCAUCUACGAUCACAUCGACACCGAAGUCCUCUACCGUGAGAGCAAUCUCUGCCUUUACUUCGCUCUCAAGUCUUUGCAACAAAACAAUAUAAAUAUCGACAGAUAUAUAGACUCUUAUAAAGAGUUGAGUAAAUUGUUUGCCAAAAAGCGUCGAUCGCUUCCAGAGGACGACGACGAACUCGUUUUGCCAGAUGUCGAGCAACAGGACCUCCUUCUCCCCAAUAGCCCUGUUAUUGUCGAACCCAUGGAUUCUGAACUCAACACCAAAAGCAGAACAAAGACUCAGAACCAAAGACAUGAAACGACCAAACGAUCAAAGAAAGAGAUAACUGAAAACAAGAGAAAAGCAAUGAGUGGUAGAAAACGAGAGAAUAUUGAGUCGAUUGGAAAGGAAGACUCGGUGUCGAGAACUCGUAAAAGAAAUGUCGGACAGAAAUACUCGAAAAACGAAUGGUUUGUAUACUCUUCUCCAUCCAAAAAGAAGACCAAUUGUAGUGAUAAUGAGAACAAGAAAGUGACGAAUAAUAAGAAUAAACGAAAGAAAUCUGUUGACAAAGACAUUGAAGAGGAUUCUAAUGCGGAAGAAGGGGUUGAAGAGGACCAGGAAAUGAAGAGCGAAGGAAACGAUUCCUCUAAUAUGGAAGACGUGAGCGAAGACUGCGAUUUGUCUCCUCGAAGACGAACAAAGUCUGGUGCGAAGAGUCCGUCGUCCUUAUCAUUGGCUCAUUGGAAGGACGGCGUGAAGUGUCCGCACUGUAUAUACAUCGGCCACAGCGCCACUCGACUCGAGCAGCACUUGUCUCGUGUGCACGAAGAAGACACGACUUAUAUCUGCAAAAUGUGUUCAUAUGUUUGCAAAUGGAAUCGCGAGUACUAUAAGCACAUGAAAGGCCACUUCGAUGGUCCGCCCUAUAAAUGCGAGGACUGUGAAUACAGUUGCGAUAGAAUUCAGUUUAUUCUGUCGCACAAAAUGAGACACACGGAUGAGAGGCCCUACCACUGCGAGUUGUGUCCAUUCAAGUCCAGAACUAAAGGCAAUCUCAUUGUUCACAACAGAAUACAUACGGGAGAGAAGCCCUACGCGUGUCAUCACUGCGGACGAGCCUUUGCUAUGAAGAACACUUUAGACCAGCAUUUGGCGACUCAUAGGGAGGACAGACCUUAUCUGUGCGACAGCUGUGGCUUCACAACCAAAUAUCAGUCGCACCUCUUGUCCCAUAAGCGCAUCCAUACUGGGAAUGUGUUUCAUUGCGAUCAGAUGGGCUGCACGUAUUCAUCGCCGCGUAGGUCUCAGUUGGCGGCCCACACCAGAAGUCAUCUGUCUAUCCGUUCGCACAUCUGUUCGACGUGUGGCAGAGCUUUCAUUGAGAAAAGUCAUCUCAUUAGACACGAGCGCAUACAUCUCGAGGAGAAGCCUUUCAAAUGCCAACAAUGCGAUUACGGCAGCACUCGGAGAGACAAACUUAAGGAACACGUCCUGAAACACCACUCCGGCGAACAGACCGAACAUAAGCCUCUAUAUAAGCCACGAAAGCCGCGCCGACAGACGGCUCAACAGUUCAGUUAUAUAAGCGAAUCCAUUGAUGACAACUCUAUAGCCUCUCAAUCGCAAGUGACAGCCGUUGGCUCACCUCAAGAGAUACAGAUCUCUCAGUCACAACUGUCUGAACAGGAGUUAUGUACGGCUACGUCCACUCUUAUCUAUGAAUAUUCUUCGGGAGAGGUAACUGUAUCUCCGACCAGAGUUGUCAUACAAUCAUCGGUUCCGAACGUUACUUACGAUUCGGUCGACCAAUCAGUUGUGGACCGUAUUGUUGAACACCAGAGACUCAAUACAAAUAACACGACGUCUUCUGCUCGAGUAGUGAUUCAAUCGAUUCCAUCGACUGUUUACACGACGAGUAAUUCGAGUGAACGCAACACUACCACCAACUCGAGUGCCAACUCCACAGAAAUUGGUGGUCUGAGCGCCUUUAUGGCUCUGUUUUAACGUUUAAAUAUAUAUCAUAUUUUCAUUUCCAUUAGUCUUAUACUGUAUUUUCUAUGUAAAGAGUUUGAUUUCAGUAUCCAUUCAUACAAUACAAUCAAUUUUACUGAC